AUGGAAAAGAAGAAAGAAAAUAUAAGGAAUAUAAGGAAUAAAAAACCUAGUCGGCAAAUCAAAAGCUACCAACGACUAAUAAAUUUCCUUGACAAUCAAGAGGCAGAAUCGAAGUCAUAUGAGGACAUAGAUAAAAUGGAAAUUACCUAUUGGCCUUCUGCCAAAGGUGAAGUCAUACUUGGAAACACACGUUUCAAAAGAUUUGUUCCUACAGCUUUGCUUCAUGACGCCGAACCAAAUUAUGCGGAACUACAAAAAAUGGUAGACCAUACUGCCAUUUCCAAACUGUCAAAUAUGAGUCUAAUAGAACGUUUUCAACCGACAAUUCCAUAUCGCCUUGUUCCGCCAAUGAACAAAAGUGACUACGACGACGGUUUGUUCUCGGCGGCAAUUGAAGGAUUGAUUGAGCAAAUUGAUGCGAAGAACGUGAAAGAGUUGCAUGAAACUACGGGAUACGAUUUUUUCGAGGAUGAUGAUUGGAUGAAAGGAAUGAUGUAUCAUUUUAUUCAGGUAUCGACUGAAGAUAUGCUACGGGGGUUAUUGGAUGCCACAGGAUUCAUAUAUAGGAGAGCCAAUCCGAAACGAUCAGUAAGUGAAGAAGUAAAUGAUAAAGUGAGUGAAGAAGUAAAUGAUAAAGUGAGUGAAGAAGUAAAUGAUAAAGUGAGUGAAGAAGUAAAUGAAGAAGAGAGUGAAGAAGAGAGUGAAGAAGAGAGUAAAGAAGGAAGUAAACGAGGAUCAAUCACUUGGAAUACGAUAAUAAAUGCUGCACAAAUGUCUAAGUUGCCCACAAGUGUAUUAGAGAUUGCUAUAAAUCGGAUAUCCGAAUUAUACCCUAGUGAUACGAAUCAUACUGAAUAUCAUAAAAAAGUCGAUGAAUUGGACUAUAUCACGCCAAUAAAAUCUGCACCUCCGGGUGAGAAAAACUGGAGGCAUCAUUUUAAAGUAGAAAAUAAAAAUAACGAUAGUGAUGUUGAGACUGAAGGAUCUGAUAAUGUUAUGCAAGACGAUGAAUGA